UCUGUCUAUUUGUCUGUCUGUCUGUCUCUCUCUAACUCACGAAACCUGUUAAGUGAGGACGUCCUCAUAAUGUCUAGAAGAGAAUACACACACAUUAUUGUAAAAGCAAUUAAAGAAGUACCACAUUUAUGUUAAAUAUAAGCUAUAGGGACACCUAUAAAAGUUUAUCUAAUACUCUCUUUCGAAUUGUGAAAAAAUAGUUUUGAGGGAUAUCAGUAAUGACAUAUCCCCACACCACUUGUUCCGACCAAUCUAAUAUCUUGUAUAUUUCACAGCCUGUGGGUCACGUUUAUGGAGACGUAACUAUAAGGACAGAAUUUUUGCAACUUCCGUCAAAUUGUUACGAAUAGUCUCUUUACAAUUUUUAUCAGCCCCCCCCCCUUCCUCUCUCUCUUGGUGGGAGGGGGGGUGUUUAAACUCAAUAAAUUUAUUGAUAAACAUUAAUUUUUCCCGGUAUCAUUUAAGGAAUGAAGCUAAUUUUAACCUAUGUUAUACGAUAUAAUGUAACUUGGUGCAGUUUAGGUUUUAUAAUCCGCGAAGUGGAUAAUAACAAAAGUACACAUUUUCUCUACUAUAUGCACUAUAUAUGUAAAGUCCCAUGGGGCUAUCUUAAUUGUUCUAAAUGAAAAAAUACCGAAUAAACCAUUUCCUUAAAAGAAGCUCUUUCUGGAAACUUUCGGACCCAUAACCGGAGACUUGGACUAUAUAUAUGUAAGACUCUAAAGUGUGAUGGUCGCUCCAAGGUGCGAUGGUCACGCCAAACCCCGAUGGUGUGACACGCCAAAGUGCGAUGGUCCACACUCAUGCGCCAAAGUGCGAUGGUCUGACACGCCAAAGUGCGAUGGUUUGACACGCCAAAGUGCGAUGGUGUGACACGCCGAAUCCAUUGGUUUGUAAAUGACACAGUGUUGUGGUACAGACUGUGCCAACCGUGUGUUUCACUAAAAUAUCAGCGCAAAAUCCAUGCAUAAAAAAUAAGUUUUAAUUAAAAAAAAGAAUAGACCUCUAUUACCUCCCAGCCAAUGAAUAGGAUUGUGUCCUUCAUAUUUGACAUCAUUUUCGUCAGUAGGUUUUAAUCUAUUCUGUUAACUACGUUUCGUUCUCAUUGGUUUCGUUUCGGUUAUUUUCGUUUCGAAUGGUUUCGAUUUUCUUUCGCAUUCCACAGGUACCUGUAAUAAUGGUGUUAUCAAACACCUUUUUUUCGAUUUCGGGGUGAAUGUGGAUAUUACUCGUUAUCGGGGUAUAUGUUUAUUAUUAUGAGUACGUAGUGAACACCAGUUUACUGGGCCAUGUUUACCUUUUAUCAGUUCAAUUUAUUAUAUCUAGAUACACCGUACAUCGGAUGGAGCAUGUGUUGAAUGUUACCCGAUAUAAUUAUAAAGAAAACACAAAAUGGCAUCCUGUCGUCACUGGGUCGUACUGCUCGUGGUGUUUUUCUUGGAAGUCAUUGACCUUUCCUGUGAUUGGCUAUUCUACACAGAGGUUAAGGACAGUACCGAGCCUUACGUGAUUAACAACGGCUACCUCCACUGGACGAUUCUAGGGGUGGCAUCAUUGGGCUCGCUGACCUUCAUGUUCGAGGUCGUGAACCUUGCCGCAGAGAUGUUCACAGAUCGGGGGUCUUGUGUGUCCUCGGACAUCGUAUCCAUGGUAUCCACAUGGGUUGAGGAUGUUCCUCAGAUCGCCGUAGCCCUCGUGAUCGCCGUGAAUACCCAGAGGGUGGUUCACUGGGUGCAAUAUGUCAAGGCCGCGUGGUCAUUACUGGAGGUGGGCGUCCGUGCUCUGGGUCAGUGCGUGUUCUGUUGCAUACUUUCCAAUAGACAGAACCGAUCUACGGACUAUUUAGUGUCGCUUUCCAAGUUCCUGGCACAGAUAGUUGUACUUGGGUGUUCUGUUGGAAUAUUUAUGCGCCUUCUACAAGAAAACCAUUGAUAUACUUACUAGAUGACGAUUCUAUAUGUGUUACUUUGACAUAGUUUGACUACUGUCGAAUCAAAAUUCAAAACUUUAUACUAGUUUUGGAAGAUGUUAAUAUAAAAUCCAAAUGUG